AUGGCUUCUAAUUCCGCAACUAACAAACCACUCAGGAAGCCAUACGCUCGCAUUGUUCAGCCGGCGCUACCCUUGAUUCCAGGCCUCAAGCCUCAGAAGGCAAAGCCGAUCACAGUUGAGCGCGAACCCGAGAAGGCAGACCCUGGACCAGCAACCCAGUUACUUACCGACGGUGACAAGGUUCAGAAGGACACAGAGUCCGUAGCAAAUGCGGCCUAUUCCGACGUAUCCCAGAAUGGAUUCACUGGAGAGAAAGAAGUGUCUCCAUUGACAGGCUCAGAACCUGUCACUCCUCAGCCCUCUCACUCUCCUGCGCAAAAACACACUGCAGAAGCACAUGCUAAUACUGGGGACGAUGAGAAAGAGGUAGACACUUGCGAUAAUGAUGGAGAAGCUGGAGGGGAUGUCAGAUCAGUGAUUAAACCAGCGAAUGUUGCGCUCAACGAACCUACCAUCGAACUGCCAGCAACCGACUCGGACUAUGGACAUGAAACCAUCACUAGACCAAAUGUCAAGCUGCCCGAAAUUUUCGGAGGCCCAGCUGGAGAAGAUGCCAACCGUCAACCCGGUUCUGAUGUUCCACCUCCAGCGCUUUCAGAAAAAACUGAGCCAACCACCAGGUCCAGCUACGCGAACGGGACUGGUUCGUCACAAUCGACAUUGGACGAGAAUGGUACCUUUGCGCCGCAGCUAGAAGAGACCGCCCUUGGAUAUCAAAAAGCGCAACCAUCUGUCUCUUUCAAAGACACUGUUCGUGACGCGACUGUCAAUGGCUACCAUCAGUUCCCGACCCCAACCUACGCCCCGCCUGUGACUGUGCCAAGAUCAUUCAAUACUCUCCCUUCACUUCAGGAACACCUGCUUCUUCUCAACGCAACAAAAGAAGGAGUUGAUAUCGUCAUCCAAGUCAAUCCAACCAACGCACAGCCAUUUGUCAGCUACUGCCACUCUGUCAUUCUCUUCCGCAGCCUGCGCAUGCGAAGAUUGGCGACUCGUCAACAGCAGGUCAACACCAACUAUCCCAGCAAUGUCGUUAGCCUUUAUCCCGCACGUCCUGUUAUGGCCCACGCCUUUGAAGCUGCAUUGCGCUUCCUCUACUCGGACACGGUCUUGGGAAAGGAUUUUUUUGUCCAACCACAUCCCGGAGCUGAUUUUCAGGCUGUGAGAUUGCACAAUCUUGAGUAUCUCCUGUCAUACUGGGUGUCUGGCCUUGAGCUUGGUGUUGAACCUGUCUCGAUAUGUGCGGAGAGGCUUCUAGCCAGCUACCUUGACUGGGAUAUUCUGGAGAUCGCCUACAAGUGUGCCAUGGAGCUUGCUAACUCACCUAUGUCAUCCCACGGCAAGAACAUGAAUGGAUCAGACUAUCUCGUCGCCAGUAGCUCCAUCGUCAAGCUCAUCCUCCAGUUCCUGGCCACUCAUAUUGACAUCAAGAAUUUCAAACUUGACAGCACGUCCACGAGCAAUGUUAUCCCAUCUCGCCUACCUCAACUGGACGAUGGCCGCCCUAAACACAAUCCGGCACUGGCUUCUAUGGUAUUUGGCUCCAUGCCUUCAUCAGCAGACAUGUCGCCAUCGUCUCCACAGUCAGAGAUCCUACCCACCGCAUCCACCUUCAAAGACACUGUGGCUUCCAACAUUCUUUUGAAUGUAGACUUUGAGAAUCUUAAUGUCUUCAACAACUUCAUCCAAGCACCCACUAUUCGAGACGCCGCUACCACAAAACUCAUGGCCGAUAUUGUGAACGAACGCGAAGGCCGUCGUCAGAAGACGUUCACCUCCCGCGUUUCGAACAAGGAGCGCAUGGCAAACUCCGCCGCUUGGGAAGCUGUUGGGUUGAAGGAGUCCAUCAUCGAGGGGAACGUUCUAAACCGGGAACGUGUGGGAUUCCUGAUUUCUUCCAAAUGA